GUCCAGCUGGGAACGAAUCUUUUAAGUGGCCGUAUUCUCUCCCUUUAAUCUCUUACUCGUUUCUACUUUUUUCAACGCUUUCAUAAUUUGCAGUCUGAUUUCUUUCGACCAGUUUUUAGGGCUUUCAUCGUCUAAGGCUGAGUUUCGUUGUCGAAGAAUCGAUCAGCAUUAAUGACUCGUGGUAACCAGAGGGAACGCGAUCGUGAAAGGGCUCAGGCUAGAGUCGGUGGUAAAGCCAAGCAGGGAAAGGGUGAUGGGUUGACCCCUGAACAGCGCAGGGAAAGGGAUGCAAAGGCACUGCAGGAGAAGGCAGCAAAAAAAGCAGCGCAGGAUGCAGGGGGGAAUAAUGCUGGUGGAAGCAAAAAUUAAGCAAUAAUUUAAUGAUUAGUUUGAGUUUGAGGUGUUGGUUAUAGACAUGGAAUUUAUGGAAGUAUUUAUAUUGCAUUAUUUGGAUAAAGGUUUUCGGUUUAGUGUAUGGUAUGUUUAUUAAUGUUAUUUCAGACAAAUGAACAAAUAAUUGGUGUUUCUCUUGUUACUGAAUCUAUGAAUUGUAUCUAUGUUUGGAAUAGUACUAUUUGGCAUUGAUAUCAUGUUUUCUCUCUUCUCUUGUCUGAAUGGGUACCUGCUUUUGUGAGGACUCUGGGUAUGCCAAACACAAUACUUUGAAUCGGCAUUGUUUAAUUUAUAAACAGAUGCUGUUUGUACGGAAAUUGCUUUGUGGUUGAUAACAGAGAUGAAAUUAUUUGUAUUGCACAUUCUUGAUAAGGGUUUGUGGUUUAGAGUCAUAUAUUAGUAUCAUAGUUAUCAAUAUCAUGCUUUAGGCCACUACAUGUUUUGUAUUGCAGAGCUUUUCUUUUAUCUUGUCUGUUUGGGAGUGAACUGUAGAAGUGUGAUUAAAGAUCACAAUUGAGGUUUAGGAAGUAGGUUGCUCUCGGUAGCUUGGAGAUGAUGUGAUGACAUUUAAUGAAGGCAGGGUUGUUGAGAUGUGGCAAACCCCGUAGAAACACCAGAAAACUUAUUAGAUCCCUGCCUUGUACUAAGAUGGACUUGGGCCUGUAGCCUUCAGAAUACUUACCCUGUCUCUUACUUUUCCUAGCUCAAAAUGUCCUGUGUCAUUUCCCCCAGUCUGAAAUGCAUGACACCAUCUGAAAUGAGAAUCUCCUAGUCUUUAGAGUUGACUGACAAUAUCUAAAGAAUGUGCCUUGUCCCCGGCCCCGGAUUACUGUGCAUUCACCCUUUCCCAACCUUGACCCUCACAACGACAUCCUUAGACCUGCACUUAUGGUAUAUGAAAGGGGAACAAAUCCCAGGAGAAAUGCUUAGAAGCCUUAGAGACAUCCUUAAGGGUCUUGCUUCUAUUGUCAACUCCAAAGAAAGGUAUUCACACCAGGUUCGCUUUGUUCACCACCAAGCCAGGGAUCCUGGCCCCAUCUCCAUCCCUUCAUAACACACCUUAUUAGUAAGCAAAUGUUAGUCCAAACAAUGCUAAUAGUAUAAAUAAAACAUGCUCACCUUUUGUGGAAAUUUCUAAUAUUGGGGAAUAUCAAAUGAUAAUAUAAUUGAAGAAGCCGAAGCCCUAUGCUGUUGUAAAACGGAUUUGCAACUUGACUUGGUCAAAAAGUUGAUUUUAAUGAUGGAAUCAUCUCUGCUUCGGAAUAGUUUGCUGGACCGAAGAGUUUUAUGGUUCUUGACUCGGAAAACUUGAGUCCUGGUUGGUUCCCAAUUUCAUUUUCACAAUAGGUAUAAUAUGUUUUGAUCCUCUUCUUUUCUGCAUGUAAUAAUUGCAUUCAUACUAAAAUCCACACGUUAUCUUGAGGUUGUAUUGAUACUUGAAAAUAUGACAAAUUAUUGCUGUUAGAAAAAUUAUGGUUUUAGAAGAGUUUUAAUGGAUUUUUGUGCUGGUUUUUGAGUCUGAAAUACCACUAUUUUAUGCUGAGAAUAUGCUAAAAAAUCAGAAAUUUUGCUGCAGUUGUAACUUGUAACCUGUGUUUACAGCAGAAAGAUGGAGGUGUUCUUACUUGGAUUCUUUCUUAAUAUAGUUGUUAAUACUUGGUGUUGGGAAUACAAUAAACAAAAUUAAGGGUAAAAAUGAAAAAAGAAAAGAACAAAGUGCUUUCUAAUAAGGAAGAGGAAGAUGAAGCGCUCGUUUGAACAAAAGCAUCUGUGAAGUCAACAUUGUGUGGCUUGGGUGACACAUGCACAAACCAAAACAUGAAGCCCUGUCUCCUCAAGUAAUAUCAGGGCAAGAUUUGCGAGAAGGUGAAAUCAGCAAGGGGUUCCUUUCUCAACAGAUUCAUGUCGCUUUGACCUUUCACUUGGCAGAUGAAACUCCAUAAUAGAAAUACGAAAGUCAACCUACAAGGGGGAGCAAUACCCAUAAACGGUUAGAAGGUAAGAGAGGGAGAGAGUGGAAAUACUUGUCACAAUUAAUGGCUACAACUUAUAAAAGAGGGGAAGAGUAACGAAAGAAGUGAAGUCUUUACACAAGUGUGCAUCUUAAGCUUAUAAACUUAGAGUUUAAAAUAGAGAUUGAAGAUGAAACAACUUCAUAAUUACAAAUGCUACAAAGCAUGGGAAAGCGGACUCACACAAGUGUUUCUUAAUAUGUCCGAGGCAUGCAAAAUUAAAAGAUUGCUCUAGCAAAUAGAAACUCAAAGAUAAUAUUUGGCUUGGAAGACUUUUAAUAGUGCUUUACUCUAAUAUAGGUGUUUUAUGCUUUGAAAAGGAAGUUAAGAGUUGUCUUUAAGUAUACCAUAGAAGCAUAGAAAUAAAUUGUUGUAAUACCAUAGAAGCAUAAAAAUGGAGUGAAGAGGAAAAAAGCGAGAGAUUUUGUUUUUCAUUUGGAAAAAUAUUAAAUAUAUAUUGUAAAGCUUUUAUUACAUUAUAAAUGUUUAGAAGAAACCAU